AUGCAAACAGCGGAUGGAUUCGGACUUGAUGGAGGUCCGCCAGUGGGGGCAAUGCCUCCGCCUGGCUCACGUCUGGCCAAAUACUUAGGAAGCGGCAACCGAGCAGGAGGAAAGGUAGUGCUUGACACCUUCGUUGCAAAUGUUCCUACAUUCAUACCUCAAUUUGCCCAACUUGGCCUUGGUGACAUGCAACAACCGCCACCGCCAGGAAAACAGACGGGCACCCAUACACCGUUCACACCACAUCGAGCAACGCCAACUUUUCAUCCUGGUCCGUUCCUUUUGUUUAGCAUUUAUUCAACCAAGUUGUGGAAUUCGGCUUCUAAUGCCUCAUCUCCAGCCAAUCAAGCUGAGGCGCUGGCUCUUUAUCAGGAAAAUCAUGGAGGGACGACUUAUUUCUAUCCACAUCAGCAGCCGCCACAAACAUUAAGUACGCCUGAUUCGGCUACUGGAAGCACUCGUGUUAGUAGUGCACCGUUACACGAGCAAGUAGUCCCAGAGAAUCAUACCGUUGUUAACACCAACGGCAGUUUCUCCUAUCAAGGUCCAGUGCCACACAUAGGCAAAUUUCGCCCAAAAAGUGUGGCUAGUAACAACAUGGCUCAGUUUAUCUCACCUGACGUGAAAAUGGAACUAGUUCAUCGGCAACUCGCUAUGGAAGCUCGAGCCGACCCACUGGUCUAUCCUGAUUUACCGCAACAAGUGGAGCACUUCAAUCAACUGGUCCCAUUGGAACAAAUAAAUCAACACCAUGCUACCCAGUCCGUGUUCAAGGCGGUUUCUAUUCGCGAUGGUGUUACGUAUUGUAUUAGGAGAUUACACGGCUUCCGUAUUUCUUCUCCGAAACAACUGCAACCGUUAGAGACGUGGAAGAAGUUAGUUAAUGUCAAUGUCGUACAACUGCGAGAAGUAAUUGCCAAUUGCAAAGCUUUCGGUGAUAGUUCCGUGAUUCUCGUCUAUGACUAUCAUCCUCUGGCGGAUUCGUUGAAGACUCGACAUUUCGGUCGGAUGCUUGGUAGCGGUUUCAUCGAUGGAAUAACUGGAGCCAAAAUGUCAAGUCAACUCUCUGGACACGCAUCGAAUCAAAUGCAGCAGGGAGCUGGAGUAGUUGAGUGGUUGCUGUGGUCGUAUGUGAUUCAGCUCUCAUCUGCUUUGCGAGCCGUUCAUGCUAAUGGUCUCGCAUCCAGAUGUGUAGAUCUAUCGAAAAUCCUUGUUCACGGCAAAAGCAAGAUCCUGUUGAGUUGCGGUGGAGUCGCCGAUCUUCUUGCUCCCGACACCCAAGUGCAACAGUUGCAGAUGGAAGAUCUUCACGCUCUUGGUCGGGUUCUUCUUGCCUUAGCAACUGGCAACGCUUUUUCGGCUCGCCGAGACCUUGUCCAGCAGAGCAUGACAUACGUCACGAAUCAUUACAGCAGCGAUAUGAAAAAUCUCAUAAGUUUCCUUCUUUCUUCUUCACCGUCGGGUCGUAAAUCAAUAAAUGAGAUUAUGCCAAUGAUUGGAGCACGUUUUUAUGCGCAACUGGAGACAGCUCAAAUGCGAAACGACAUGCUUGAGAAUGAGCUCAGCAAG